AUGUCGAAAUUCGGAGUCCUGGUCAUGGGCCCGGCAGGCGCCGGCAAGUCGACCUUUUGCAGUGCCCUCAUCCAGCAUCUCCAGACCACGCGGCGAAGUUGCUUCUAUGUGAACCUCGACCCGGCCGCCGAAAGCUUCAACUACGAGCCCGAUCUGGACAUCCGCGAGCUGAUCACGUUGGAAGAUGUGAUGGAGGAGAUGGAGCUGGGUCCCAAUGGCGGGCUCAUCUACUGUUUUGAAUUCCUCCUGCAGAACCUGGACUUUUUGUCGCAGGCGCUGGACCCGCUGAGCGAAGAGUACCUGAUCAUCUUUGACAUGCCGGGGCAGAUCGAGCUCUACACACAUAUCCCGCUGCUGCCGUCGCUAGUGCAGUAUCUUUCGCGACAGGGUCCGCUGAACAUCAAUCUGUGUGCGGCGUAUCUACUCGAGAGUACGUUUAUCGUGGACAAGGCCAAGUUCUUUGCGGGGACGCUGAGCGCCAUGUCUGCGAUGCUGAUGCUGGAGAUGCCGCAUGUGAACAUUCUUAGCAAAAUGGAUCAGGUGCGGGAUAUGAUGUCGCGGAAGGAGCUCAAGCGAUUCGUCAACGUUGAUGUAAAUUUAUUACAAGACGACGAUGUCGGGGAUGCAGAAGAGACGGCCGAGGGGGACCCCAGUUCCAAGGAUACUCUGCUGAGUGGGGGAUCAUUCAAACGGUUGAACCGGGCCGUGGGGCAAUUGAUCGACGACUUCAGCAUGGUAUCUUUUCUGAAGCUGGACGUUCAGGAUGAGGACAGUGUGGCCGCGGUGCUGAGCCAUAUCGACGACGCGAUCCAGUACCAUGAGGCGCAGGAGCCGCGGGAGCCAAACGACGAGCAGGAUGUGAACUACGAGGAUGCCGAUAUUUGA